AUGGCGGCGUCCAGAGGAGAUGCCACGUCUGUCUCGGCGUUAGAAACCAUGGAAAAUUUGACAGAUAUUGAUGAAAUUAAGAAUGCUUUCGAACGGCUAUGCUCAGACGAGGAUGAAAUUAACUUACAUUUAGAUGGAUUACUAGAACACCAGGCAUCACUUGAAAACAAGAUGAGUGGACUACAAAGGAUAGUUCCAAACAUCCAAAUAUUAGAAACGGAUUCCAAACAACUUUCCAGUAUGGUUUCCUUCACAUCAACUUUGGCUGAAAAUGUCAGCAGCAAAGUGAGGCAGCUCGAUUUAGCAAAGAGCAAUGUAACUGCUGCUAUAACUCGAGUAGAAGAUAUACUUGAUCUGAAGUUUUGUACUGAUGGUGUUCAGACAGCUCUACAGAACGAGGACUAUGAGAAGGCAGCAGGACAUGUUCACCGUUUCCGAAGUCUGGAUGAAAACAUCUUACGGAUGUCAUCCGAUGCUGAUGAAGGAAGCACACUAGAAAUCUCAUUCAAGCUCUUACAUGAAGCAGAAGAAAAGCUGAAGACAAUUGUGUCUGGUAAAUUUGAUGCAGCUGUACAUGCAGGAGAUUUGGCUUCUGUAGAACGUUUUUUCAAAAUCUUUCCUUUACUUGGUCAGCAUGAAGAGGGACUCACCAAAUUUGGAAAAUACUUGGCUUCACAGCUCUCCGAUACAAGUGAUAAAAACCUUAAGAUUGCGGAAGCCUUGGGGUCAGAAAACAAGGGAGCUAACUGCGUAUUUGCUGAUACAGCUACUCAAUUGUUUGAGAGUAUAGCCCGUGUUGUGGAGAUACGACAGCCCUUGGUGGAAACUUACUAUGGUCACGGCAAAUUAUUCACAUUGUUGAAAAUCCUACAGAAGGAAUGUGAUCGACAAUCUAGAAAAAUCAUUCAGGAAUUCAAAAGGAAACGGAUGUUUGAUUCCAUGUCACAACAGGUCCAACAGAAUAUGGUGUUCCACAAGCCAAACUCCACUGACAAAUUUGAUGCUAAAGAUUUAGACAUACUACUAGCAGAAGUCGUACUACUCAACACAAGAACAGAGCUUUAUUUACGAUUUUUUAAACGACGUGCUAUGAAUGAUAUAGAAGCAGCAGCCCAAGGCCAAACAGAUUUUAAGGGAUCUGAUGUCGUUACAUUCCUUGUAAACUGUGAUUUAAGUCGUCUGAUGCAGGAGCUUAUCGGUAACUACAUCAUGAUGGAGGAGUUCUUUAUGAGAGAGAUGGUCCUCAAGGCCGUGUCUGUAGAUUCAGUAGACGAGGGAGCUCAGACCUCCAGCAUGGUGGACGACAGCUUCUUCAUUGUUAAAAAAUGUGUCAGGCGUGCCAUUUCCAGUUCAAGUGUGGAUGGUGUGUGUGCCAUGUUGAAUCAUGCAUGUACACUAUUGGAACAGGACUUUCGUGAGGUGCUAUACUCCAAACUUCGGUCAGGAUUCCCUCUGGGGUUCGACCUCGUCCAGGCCUACAACAUGGUCCAGUCUAGUAUCAAAGGAAAUCUCAAAACGUCGGACACAGAACAGGCCAAAACCUUAUUUAUAGUUAGUUUAAACAAUGCAGAAGCAACUUGUGAAUAUUGUAAAGCUUUGAAAACAAGCCUCAAUGAUGAAGUUUCUAAGUUAUUUAACCAAUGUGAAGAGCAAAGCAAGGCAAAGUUAGAGAGUUGUUUGUCAGACCUGGCAGCUGUGGGUAACAGAUACAAAGACGUGGUAGAUUUCGGUUUCUCACAGCUCAACAGCAGUGCCAUCAAACCCCGCAUCAAACCGCUGACGGACAACUUCCUGUCCACUAGUCAUACGAUCUCUGAGGAAGAGUUUUCUAAUUAUGAGGCCAAUGACCCGUGGGUACAGAACUUCAUCAUGGAGAUCGACAAUACUCUUGGCACAUUUAAGAGUUCACUCUCAUCAGGAAAUUAUGAACGAUUUGUCAGCAUGAUCACAGCAGAGGUGACAUCACAACUAGAGAAGGCAGUCUUGAAGAUGGCUUACAACAGGCUUGGAGGCCUACAGUUUGACAAAGAAUUACGGAGCUUAGUAGGCUAUCUGACCACUGUGACCACGUGGACCAUUAGGGACAAGUUUGCCCGCCUCACACAGAUGGCUACGAUCCUUAACCUUGAGAAGGUGACAGAAAUCCUGGACUAUUGGGGACCAAACUCUGGGCCACUAACAUGGCGACUCACCCCCACAGAGGUCAGACAUGUACUCUCACUUAGGGUUGAUUUCAGAAGUGAAGAUAUAAAACGAUUAAAGUUAUGACGGAGACAAGAUUUCCAUGGGAUGUGAGGGAGAGAGGAAGUGCUACUCAAAUCUGGCUGUGCAAUUGUUUAAAAGUGUUAUGUUUUAUACUGAAAUAGGUGUUAUGCCUGACCAUAGGGACAACACUGAAUAUUUUACUGUGACAGUAGAAAUCGGGUUACAUGUGAUUCUCUGGUAUACUUGGCAAAAGUAAUAAUAAAAAAUACCCCCAUUUUUUUAUACCACCACUGAUUAUGAUUUGCUGUUGUUUUUUUUGUUUUUUUGUUUGUUUUUUAAAUGCUGUAAGAAUUAUAAUGUCCAAAAUAAUUUAUUUUGCAUGUAAACUGAUAUACCUGUUUUUAUGGCUUUUUUUCACCCAUAUAGUUAGCUGAUCUCCACUGGCUUUGUCAUGUAUCAUUGCUUCCAACCAUUAAGGCCUGAAAGAAUUUCAGUAAUUUCUUACCCUUGUCAGUUUUGUGUCAACAAGGAUACACAUUUUGUAUAGUUAUUGUAAGUUCUACAUGUGACUUGUUAAAUCCACACACUAAAAGCUGUGUACGAGAAUUACAUUACCUCGACAGAUCAAACAUCCACAGCUGUGUACAUGAAUUACAUCACCAUGAGAGUCCCGACACUCACAGCUGUGUAUGGGAAUUACAUCAUGAGAGUUUAAACACUCAGAGCUGUGUAUGGGAAUUACAUCAUGAGAGUUUAAACACCCACAGCUGUGUAUGGGAAUUACAUCAUGAGAGUUUAAACACUCAGAGCUGUGUAUGGGAAUUACAUCAUGAGAGUUUAAACACUCAGAGCUGUGUAUGGGAAUUACAUCAUGAGAGUUUAUCACCCACAGCUGUGUAUGGGAAUUACAUCAUGAGAGUUUAAACACUCAGAGCUGUGUAUGGGAAUUACAUCAUGAGAGUUUAAACACCCACAGCUGUGUAUGGGAAUUACAUCAUGAGAGUUUAUCACCCACAGCUGUGUAUGGGAAUUACAUCAUGAGAGUUUAAACACUCAGAGCUGUGUAUGGGAAUUACAUCAUGAGAGUUUAAACACCCACAGCUGUGUAUGGGAAUUUUACCAUAAAUCAACAGUCACUUGUUAAGUUCUGCUUCUGGUUUGAAAGUGCUUCAAUGUUUAUUUAUUUUACCAUAUGCUUGUUUGUAAUUGAAGUUUUGGUAUAUCUAGUGUACAGAGGCCUUGUUAAUGUUACUGAAUAUCCAUUUUGUUUGUUGUGAUGCUAAAUUUGAAUUAAUAUUAAUUUUCUAUUUUGAAUUUUUUUUGGUUUAUGGGUUACAGAACUAGAUUCAGUUAAACAUAGUUGUGAUGUUCCAUGGAAUCGCACUCCUCAAACAAAUCAUGGUGUUUAACUUGUCGUUAGAUUGAAAUAAGUUAGCAAAAAAUAAAAAUCUUGUUGUGAAUGAAAACAAUGCUAUAGGGCUUAAACGGUGAAAUUAUUUCCCAAAAUUGAGUAAAAACAGUCUUGUUUUGUAUUCUAACAAAACGUUUGAUUAAAAUGUGUAUUUAGACAACGAGAGGAGCUACAUGAUACAUGUUAGAGAUCAGUAAACCUUAUAUUAGCAAAACCCUUCUUGAAAAUUUUUUUUUUUCAUAUUUCUGUUCAAAUUUUCUGUUUGAUAAGAUUUCAUUAAAAAAUCAUUUAGGAGAAGAAUGUAUCCAUACUUUGGCACAUUUUAUUGUGUGAAGGUAUACGCAAGAGAACUAAAGGAAACUCAAGUAACAAGGAUUUUGCUUCAAUGACACAGUACAUGUUAUUGCAAAUAAGUAAAACAGAUAUUGAGUCAUCCUUUUUGAGAUACAAGCAUUAAAACUGUUAUUGGUAGUUCUUUAUAUUAAUUUUUCUUUUCUAAUAUAAACUUUAUUUUACAACAAUUGCGAAACAAGUUAUGUCACCUUAUACUAAUCACUCUUGUUGGCCCGGAUGUAAGUGCGUGAGGGGUCUUAUUGUGGGAGGAAACCGGAUUACCCGGGGAAAACCCACGUGGUCGGGCAGGUGACACCUUACCUUUUCACGUCCUUUCUGGGAAUCAAACCCCGGUCGGCUAGGUGAAAGGCGAGUGCGUUACCACUGCGCCACCCGACCACCCUCUUUUUCUUUUGAUCGCUGCACAAACUAUGCCUACCACCUGUAUAACAUUUGAUGUCCAUUGAUAAAUAGUUUGCAUUUAUACCAGUUUUAACACUGGUAUAAAUAAGAUUGUAUGUCUUUGCUUGGAUUGGGAUUAUCAACGUUCUACUGUGCUACAUGAUAUUAAUCUGCUGAAUAAGAAAGCACAGGGAUGUAGUUUUUUAUCAUUACAGUAUUCUUUUUCAGUCCCCUAAUCAAUACCGGUAUACUCACAUGUUUUCAAUGUAGGGGUCUAAAAAUGAAUUUUAUUAGCUCGUUGUGAUGCUAAUGCAAUAUUUAUUGUUUUAUGAGGUGUAUUAACACAGUAACUACCUUAAAUAUCCAUACAUUGUGUACAUUUUUAGCUAAGUAUAAGUAAGAGGAAAGAGGCAAUCCUAGAUGUUUGUUGUCUUGUUGCCUUGGUUUCACCUUAAUCAUUUCUAAACAAUACUUGUGCAUGUUUCUUUAUGUGAGUGAUCCAUUGUCAAUUUCUUAUUGAAAACAAAUUAUGAUAUUCAGUUCUUAUACUCUAUGUCUAUCUCUUAUCAAAAAUACAUUACAACAUUAAAUUGUUAUACUUUAUUAAUACAACUUAAAUUUUAAUUGAAUGAAUUUCCUGAAUGAGUUAUUUGGAGCGAGAUUAAU